AUGGCAUCCAGCGCGAGCGGGAGCAGGUCAGCAGCGACUCCUGAUGGGAGCUGUGGCUCGUACUCGUACUACACCUCAUCCUACGAUGAAGCCACCCCGUCUGCCCACCAGCUGCCUGGCCCGGUGGCGGCUGCCCAUGCCGGUGCUGCUCGUGGCGACCUCGCGCCGCUCGCUGCCCUGCUGCGACUGCCUCCUGCCCACGACAUGUCUCACGAGGAGGUCACCCUCUGGCUGACCCGUGUGCCUCGCGGCGGCACCGGCGCCACUCGCCUGCUGGGCAAAGCCCUGGCGAGACUGCCGGCCAGGGCUCUCGACGCUCGCGCUCGCGGCAGCGGCAAGACCCCGGCCCAUCUCGCCGUCGAGUCUAAUCGGCCCGAGGCCUUCCGCAUGCUGCUCGAGGCGGGCGCAUCGGCUGCUGUUCGCGACGUCGACGGUCGGUCGCCGCUCGCAGGCGUCAUCCUCGCCUUUGCUCCCCGCGCAGACAUCGCCGCCCGAAUGGCCCCGCCAACGCCCGCCGCCCCGCGCCGCCACCGCAAGCGAGUCCGCGUCAAGGGCCGCGUUCGCGUCCGCAAGGGCACCUACAAGCAUUUGCCGCGGGAGGAGCGCGUCAAGCGGUUGCGCUCGUCACAAAUCUCACGCACAACGCGCUCAAAGUCGCGCUCGGUCUCGGCCUCGUCGCAGGCGCACUCGACGUCAUCGGCCCGCCGCCGCAAGGGCGCAGCGCUCCCAAAACCACCGGCGGCACCGGCGCCGCAGCCCUCGCCACCGCCGCCGGACCUGUCCUCGAUCUCCGACUCGUCGUCAGACUCGAGCUCCACCCACAGCGAUGGCUCGGCGUCGCCGGAGCUCACCCUCCCUCGCACGCCCAUCGCCAUCACCCCGCCGGCCCCGUCGCCCAGCCGAGCCGCGCUCACCUCGCCGUCUGGCCGGCGUUCUUUUGUUGUCUCAAAGCGUUCGCCGUUCAAGGCGCCGCUCUCAACCGAGACCGCGGCCUUUGCCCAUCUACGGACGCCCGAGCCGAGCGUCGCCUCCGGCUCGCCUCCGGCUCGCUCCGCCCUCGCACUGCACAUAACCUCAGACAUGGCCGAGUUUCUGCAACCCGCGCCGCAUGCCCGUGGUAUCGGCGCCUUGCUUGGCUUUGCCCUCGGCGACGCCGCAGGCUCGCCUUUUGCCCACCUCCGGAGCCCGGGCGGUGUCGCUCCUGACGGCGUUGACACCGCACUGAGCCUCGUGUCGACCGCUCGUCAGUCGACUACCGCCGUCACGGAGGUCAUGGCAGGUGCAGCACAGGCGGUGCUGGAGGCCAAGCUCAGCCAGCCACCGCAGGUCCCUCAGGGCCUCCCUUUUGCACUCGCCUCACCCGAACUCACCGCCUCGCUUGUCGACGUCCAGGCCCACCACACCGCCAUCGCCAAGUGGGUGAUGGAGCGACGUAGCGCCGGCGACACUCCUGCCGGUGACACUCCCGCUGACGAUGCCAGUUCGCUGGCUACGGUCUUGAGCGCGCUCGUGGCUACUGACGGGAGCUUUGGCGACGUCAACACGCUCGUCACCGUCGACACCGUGUUCCGCAAAGCACCCAAGACCGCGUCGGCCUACAUCCGGGUCCUCCCGCUGGCGCUCUGGGGCUACGACUUGCCAGCGAAUCUGCUCGGUCUUGCGGCGUCGGCUGUGGUCGGCAUCACACAUCCGGCGCCUCUCUGUCGCGACGCCGGCGCGGUCUUUGCCAUUGUGGUCGCCGCGCUGGUACGGACCGGAAAGCCGGCCGCCGCCCUCGCUGCCGCUAUCAACUGGGCCCGCGUCCACGCUCACACCAAGGUCCGGGCCUGGCUUCGUGAGGUUGCCGAUGGCGAGCCGCUGCAAGACAAAGACCGCCGCAAGUUCUCGUCCAUCAAGCUGCCGCUGGUCCACGGACUCCGCCUCGUGCUUGACGGCGCAAGCUACGCAGACGGCCUGGCCUCCACGCUGCUCCUUGGCGGCGACGCCGCGGUCAACGCACCAAUUGUUGGUGCGCUACUUGGCGCCCGCUGGGGCGGCUACGCACUGCCGAGCAUGCCUCUCGACACAUUGCUGCAGAGAUCGAGUCAGGCGCAGGCACUGCUCGACCUCGGGCAUCAGCUCCUUGCUUACGCCGGCCUCGCGCUGGUCCUCUACGAGCAGCAUGUCCCACGGCUCGAGCCAAUUGACAAGACACGGGUCUCGGUCCAUCAGGGUCCCAACGCUGACUGCAACUGGGUUGUGCCCGGUCUACUCGUCACAGGCGCCACUCCGCCGCACUCUGGCGGUGCCGCGCUCCUCGCGCUCCUCCGUGCAGGUGUGACCGGCUUUGUGGCGCUUGGCAGCGGCGCGACGCCCGCUUACGCGGCGGGCUUGCACCGGCUCGCUCGCGACCAUGCCGACGAGCUCGAGCUGAGCGAUGAUGGCGUCGCCGUCCACGCGGUGAAAAUGGAUGCCGACGCGUCCGAUGCACAGGUCGUCGCCGCUCUACAGGCUCUGCUCAACGUGUUGCGAACCGGCGCCGCCGUCUACAUCCACUGCGACGACGGCCACGGCCUCUCCGGCAUGGUCGCUGCCAUUGCACUGGGUCUCGUCUAUGGCCUCGCCGCUGACGAUGCCCUGGCCCGCAUCGAGGUCUUCCACUCUACUCGCGCCGUCGAGGCCAACGCGCUCUCGCCCAGCACGAAAGCCCAGGCCCGCACCGUCGUUCGCAUCCUGAAGGCCAUCCGCCGCGGCGCCAUGCCGACCUCCCGCGGGCCGCCCGACUCGGCCCCGCGGCCAUCGCCCAUGGUGCUCCGCGCCUCGGCCGCAGUCCGCACCCCGGGCCCACCCCCGGCCACCCGCAAGCGGCUCGACUUUGACGCAUCCGACGCAUCCGCCUCGGCCGCCGCUCCUGCGCCUUCGGCCGCGCGCCCCGUGGUCACCCUCUCUGACGAGGUCUCCUCACGCAUCGCCUACUACAAGGCCAUGGCCAAAGCCAUCAGCGCCGCCACGGCGCCUGCGCUCUCUCCAGACCAUCCGUAG